AGACAGACAGAGAGAGAAAGAGAAAGAGAGAGAAAGGCCAGAGAGAGAAGAGAGAGAAGAAAGAAAGAGAGAGAGAGCAGGCCAAGGAGGGAACCGUUUGAGUUUCCGUUUUUUCAGUUAUUAUAUGAAACUUCAACCACAACAAUGGUGUCGGACCAAGAAAUAGCAAGCGGGGUGGAAUCGGUACUCCGUCAAUCUGAUCCUCGAGGUGUUACCUCUCUCAAUGGCGUUGUUCAACAGUUGGAGGCGAAGCUAGGGUUAAGUCUUUCCCACAAAGCUGGCUUCAUCAGAGACCAGAUCGACCUUCUUCUCCGUUCACAACCCCAGCAACAUCCUCCUAAGGACCAUUUUGCCCUUCAACAUCACCCUCAAUAUCAGAAUAACCAUCCCCAAAUCCCUCAACAUUUCGCCCUUCCCCUUCACCGCCAUGAGGAGCUCAAUUUUCGAAGCGCUCCGCCGCCGGCUCAGCCACAACCACCGCCGGUGACCAAAGUUGAUGCUUUUGUUCAGAAUGUCGCUGCCCCACCUGCCCCUGAAGUACCCAAAGAAGGUGCUCCAACUGGAACCAAAAGAAGAGGUGGCCCGGGGGGGCUCAACAAAGUUUGUGGUGUUUCACCUGAGCUACAGGCCAUUGUUGGUGAGCCAGCCCUGCCAAGGACACAGAUUGUGAAGCAAUUAUGGGCUUACAUAAGGAAAAACAAUCUCCAAGAUCCAAGCAAUAAAAGAAAGAUAAUUUGCAAUGAUGCACUGCGUGUGGUGUUUGAAACAGACUGUACUGACAUGUUCAAGAUGAAUAAAUUGCUAGCCAAGCAUAUUAUCCCUCUUGAACCCACAAAAGAGUCAAGUCGAGAUUCUAAGAGGACAAAGUUAGAUGUGGAGUCUGCAGUUGAAACUACUGAACCAGUUGUACCUUCUGUGAUAAUAUCUGAUGCCCUUGCCAAUUUUUUUGGCACUGGAGAAAGGGAAAUGCAUCAAUCGGAAGCUAUAAGACGUGUCUGGGAGUACAUUAAAGCUAACCAUCUGGAGGACCCCCUAAAUUCGAUGGUGAUACUUUGUGACUCAAAGCUUCAAGAACUUUUUGGACAUGAAAGUGUUUCCGCAUUGGUGGUAUCAGAGAUGCUGACUCGCCAUUUCUUUAAGCGAUCAUGAUGUCCUGUAGUGUUGACUGGUUGGUGUAAAGCGUCAAUGCUGACUAGUCAGUUCUGACACUGUAGCAGAUACUUAUUUAAAGGACACCACUUUGUUUUUAUGUGCUGUGGUUGGUUAGAUAUUAUGUUCUUCAGACUCAUUUAUGAGCAAGAUGAAAGUGUAUUGGGCCAAUGGUGAGGAAUAUGUUGUAGUUAACAGUUAACACCAUGGUUCUUGGAUUCAGGUUUUCUACUGAUGUCAGGGUACAGUUCCUUUAUUACCUAUUUCUAUCCACCUAAAAGCUGGAAAAGGGUAGGUAACAGGAAACUUUUAGGGUUUAAUUAGAGCUUGAUACUUACAUCCACUGAAUGUUUAAUAUUGGCUACAUGGUCCGUCGUGUUGCUUGCAGUAUAGUAGCAAUUUUUUGACAUAGAAACAAGCAUUGUCAAUACAGGUGAUGUAAAUUGUCAAUACCCUUCACUCUUUAGAAUGCCUGUGUUCAAUGUAUUUUGCAUCGUA